CGAGUGGUUUGAGAUAUUAUUAUGUCAUUCACCUUGCGGGAAACCCAAGGGAGAGGAGUGGAGGAAGUAGCAGACGAGGACUUGCAGAAGUAGAGGAAGAGGAAGAGGAAGAAUAAGAUUAAAUAUAUAUUGAUAUGGGGAUGUCUGAGAAUGAUAACAGUGGUUCAAGUACUGCUAGUCCUCUGUUGGAGGUUGUGGGUGGUGGUGAUGGAGGAGAAAGGAGGGGUGGGGGGUGGUGGUGGUGGAAGAGAGUGCUGGAUGUGGAGGAGGCCAAGAAGCAAGUCUUGUUUGGCCUCCCAAUGAUCCUCACCAAUGUUUUCUACUACUCCAUCACCUUGGUUUCAGUCAUGUUCGCCGGCCACCUAGGUGAGCUCGAGCUCGCCGGCGCCACCCUCGCCAACUCAUGGGCCACUGUCACUGGCAUCGCAUUUAUGAUUGGCCAAAGUGGUGCACUGGAGACCCUUUGUGGGCAAGGAUAUGGGGCAAAAUUGUAUAGAAUGUUGGGAAUCUAUCUCCAAGCAUCUUCCAUCAUUACAAUAUUCUUCUCCUUCAUUAUAUCCAUCAUUUGGCUCUACACACAACCCAUUCUGAUCUUUCUUCAUCAAAGCAGUGAGAUCUCCAUAGCAGCUGCUCUCUACAUGAAGUAUCUUGUGCCUGCAAUCUUUGCAUAUGGCUUCCUGCAAAACAUUCUGAGGUUUCUCCAGACACAGUCUGUUGUCUGGCCCCUUGUAGUCUGCUCAGGCCUCCCUUUACUCAUCCAUUUUGGGAUUGCAUAUGCUUUGGUUCAUAGGACUACUCUUGGCUACAAGGGAGCCCCACUGGCAGCUUCCAUUUCACUAUGGCUUUCGACCAUUAUGCUCGCUGUUUAUGUGAAGUAUGCUAAGAUAUUUGGGGAUACAUGGAAAGGGUUUUCAUCUGAAUCAUUCAGUCACAUUCUCUCAAACUUGAAAUUAGCACUGCCCUCUGCAGCAAUGGUGUGUUUGGAGUACUGCGCAUUUGAGAUUCUGGUGUUGCUAGCUGGGUUGAUGCCUAAUUCAGAAACAAGCACUUCAUUAAUAGCAAUGUGUGUGAACACAGAAGCUAUAGCAUACAUGAUUGCUUAUGGUCUCAGUGCAGCAGCAAGCACAAGGGUAUCAAAUGAGCUGGGAGCAGGCAAUCCGGACCGAGCCAAGCACGCCAUGGCAGUGACUCUCAAGAUCUCCAUCUGUGUUGCUCUUGUAGUUGUUCUACUCCUAGCCCUUUGCCACAACAUCUGGGCUAGCUUCUUCAGUGAUAGCACUGUCAUAAUAAAGGAUUUUGCUUACAUGACACCCCUGCUUGUAGCCUCAAUACUAUUAGACAGUGCACAAGGUGUCCUUUCAGGGGUGGCAAGAGGAUGUGGCUGGCAGCAUAUCGCCAUGUACAUCAACUUGGCUACGUUCUAUCUGAUCGGCAUGCCCAUCUCAGUGCUCCUCGCCUUUAAGUUGAAAUUAUAUGCUAAGGGCUUGUGGAUAGGACUGAUCUGUGGCCUCUCAUGCCAGGCUGCAAGUCUGUUGUUCAUAACACUACGCACCAACUGGACAAGCCUAAAGCUCUCUGUGAGCUGCGAAAAAGAAAAUCCAGAGCUGAUUAACUGAUUGGUGAACAUAUGCAGAUAAACCAAAUAGAGUCUCAUUAAAUGUUGGAGCUCAGUUCACUGCUCUGUUGAUCAAGAACAAGGAUUAAGUAAUAUCAGCUGCAGUUUUUCAGAUACUAUUGACAAUAGAUAGAUAUAGGAUCAAUGGGCAACUAUGCCCUAUCCAGAAGCAAUAAGGUCAAAAUUGAGAAAAGGACAUCGAAUUUGGUCAUAAAUGUAAUAAAUUUUGGAAAACUUUGUUUUCUAAAUAGUGACAAUAGAGACCUACAAUGGGUCCAUGAUGGAA